AUGCUAGCCGGUAACGCCGUUGGACCAUUCAUCUCAUCCGAGCUCAUGAGCUCCCAUUCACCCUGGGUUCCAGCUCUUCUAAGCCUCUGUAUGUGGCCGAUCGCCAUUUCACUCCUGUCAUUCGUACCAGAGACUCUAUCCAAUCCGAAAAAGACCACCAUCGCCGCGAUAGAUCGCGCCCCACUGGGACUAGAGCCUAUAACGAUAAAAUCGCACGUGUCACAGUCCUUCAGACUCUACAAAGCCUCUGUCGCAUCUCUACGCUCUCCCUCGAUUAUUAUUAUCAUCGCCAUUAACCUUAUAGAGAUGCCGGAGUACUUCGCCACCUCACAGUUUCUAACGCAGUUCAUCAGCAAACGUUUUCAGUGGUCCUUCGCUAGUGCGGGGUACCUCAUUGCUAUGCGAGGAAUAAUCCAAAUGACCGUGUUAUUGGUAACACUUCCGCUUUUAUCAAGACUUUUGUUGCGAUGGCAGAGACCGAAUGCGAGAGAUCUCACACUUGCACGGUUCUCGGCUGCUUUUGCUGCUGCGGGGGCUCUUUGGAUGGCUUCGUCGCAGGUGGAUGUUGUUGUUGCGGGAUUGGCGUUGCAGAGUUUGGGUGGUGGUAUGGGACCCCUGUGUCGUUCUUUGGCUUUGACCUAUGUACCAGCGUCUGAGACCUCGAGGUUGAUGACGUUGAUUGGGAUUGUGGGGACUUCAGGCUCGUUGUUUGGGGGGCCAGUGUUUACUUGGCUGUUCGGGGUAGGCUUGGAAAGAGGCGGUGUGUUAGUCGGACUUCCAUAUUUUGGUCUGGCAGGGGCGUUUAUCUUGUGUCUUGUUGGAUUACUUUUUGUCCGCGCGCCUUUGUCAAGGGAGGAAGAUGACGCUGAUUUGAUCGGUAUAGAUGAUGGCAUGUCAGUUGGAUGUUGA